CACACAAAAAUGGACCAAUGAUAUUGCAUUAUUAAAAUUAAAAAAAAUUGUUGAAUUCAAUCAAUUUAUUCAACCUAUAUGUUUACCCAUCUUAUCGCAUCAUAGAGCCACAUCGUUAGUUGAAUCUGAACUAACUAUUGCCGGUUGGGGUUUUACAAAUUUAAAUCAAAGUUCUGAUGCUCUAAUGCAAGUUGAGAUACCAGUGGUAGACAAUUUGAUAUGCAAAGAAAAAUAUAUUAAAGCUCAUUUCGAUAUUGAUGAUACACAAUUGUGCGCUGGAAUAAAAGGAAAAGACGCUUGUAGGGGAGAUUCUGGAGGUCCAUUAAUGUGGCCAAAUGGUUCACAAUAUUAUUUAAUGGGGGUUACGAGUUUUGGACAAGCAAAAUGCGGUGAACCAGAUUUUCCAGGUGUAUAUUCUAGGGUGACAUCAUUUCUCGAAUGGAUCGUAGAUAACAUGAAUUACAGUUAAAUUGUAUAAUUGAUGCUAUUUAUAUGAAUUUUUCUUAAGAACGAAAAGAAGAAUAGACUACUCUGUGCAAUUGGUUUAUCUAUUUACUAUUACAAAAAAUGUAUAACUACUCAGACAACUUAAUAAUUUUAACCGCAAUUGUUUAAAAAAAUGAUAUUUAGAAAUAAAAAAUGAUACUAUUUGUAUUCUAA